AGGUACGGCCGGAGCGGGGCCGGGACCGCGGGGCCGGGGCGGCGGGGAGGCCGGGCAGGGCACGGUGCAGGGCAGGGCGCUGUCACCCCGACAGGCCUGUGCCGGGCCUGGGGAGGGACCCGGGGACGGGCCCUGGGAGAGCCCGGCCCGGCAGCCGGAGAGCUGGAGCGCUGUGAUGCCGUUUGGUGGGAGAGGAGCGGGAGCAGUGCCAGCCCUCAGGGGAGGGGAGGGGGACGGGGCGCGGCCGCUGCUGACAGGGCCUUGAUUGGUCACCUCCUCCUGAGAGAGUCAGAGCAAUGUCCUACGUUUUUGUGAACGACUCCUCCCAGACAAACGUGCCGCUGCUGCAGGCUUGUAUUGAGGGAGAUUUUAACUAUUCCAAACGACUCCUGGAGAGUGGCUUUGACCCAAACAUUCGUGACAGCCGAGGCCGAACUGGCCUCCACCUGGCUGCAGCCAGAGGAAAUGUAGACAUCUGUCAGCUCUUGCAUAAAUUUGGUGCUGACCUGCUGGCCACUGAUUACCAGGGUAACACAGCCCUGCACCUGUGUGGGCAUGUCGAUACCAUCCAGUUCCUGGUUUCUAAUGGACUUAAAAUUGAUAUUUGCAACCACCAAGGUGCAACACCACUUGUUCUUGCCAAACGAAGGGGUGUGAAUAAAGAUGUGAUUAGACUGCUGGAAUCUUUAGAGGAGCAGGAGGUGAAAGGAUUUAACAGAGGAGCUCACUCAAAGCUGGAGACAAUGCAGACAGCUGAAAGCGAAAGUGCAAUGGAAAGCCAUUCCCUUCUUAAUCCAAACCUCCAGCAAGGUGAAGGAGUUCUUUCCAGUUUCCGCACAACAUGGCAGGAGUUUGUGGAAGACCUGGGCUUCUGGAGGGUGCUGCUCCUCAUCAUUGUCAUCGCUCUCCUGUCCCUUGGAAUAGCUUAUUAUGUUAGUGGGGUGCUUCCUUUUGUAGAAAACCAGCCUGAACUGGUGCACUGAAGCAAAUGCAAAGAAGUACAGUGUCCUUUUUCCUCUUCUAAUCUAAUCUUGUUUUGAGCUUGGAAUUAUUGGCUUGGUGCAGACAGUGGCAGCUGUAUAUACUGUUUGCCUUUAGUACUUACUAUUAACUCCUUUGAAAGAGGGAUUAAUUAAUUUCAAGUAAAACACUGAUUUCUAAAGCAUUCCUAAGAUCCUCUGACUUACCUUGACUUGCAAGCAAGAUGUGAAGAUAGACCUCUCUGAUAAAACAUUGUGAUUAGAAAAGGCUUUUCAUUAUGAAUAUUAAAUUCCUGCAUAUGAAAAAUAUGUCCAAGUACAGAACCACAUUUAGUUUAUUUUUGCUAUGAAGAGAGGUAAAUCUAUUGUUGGAUUUUUUGUAAGUGCUUCAGUUGAAAUAAAAAUACUCUUAGAAGUCCCCCUCAAGAAGUCUCAAUAAUGUAAUAACACUUUCUGAUAUAUAGAUGGUGAUAAGCUGCGACUCCAUAGUUAUUUUAAUGUCUCUCCAUAGUUUCCUAUCUCCUAGUUUACAAAAAGAAUGAGAAAUAGUUCGAGUUUUACUAUGUCUUUGUUGUAUAGAUCACUCCUUUAUUUAUUAGGUUAAUGUAAUGUGUCUUCCCCAGAUGAAUUUAAUAUUGUUAAUACCUGCCUGAAGUAAAAUUUGUAGAAUAAAACUGUUUGUUGUGCUUAGGAAGAGGACUUGGGCUGAAAAUUUUGCAUUUUUGUUGAAAAGUUGCUAAGCAAACUUUCUUUGUAAGGGUAAUUAAAAAGUGAUUUAGGUGUCUGCCAUGUAUAUAAUAAUUCUGUAAGGUCAUUGUGAAAUAUAUCAUGAAGGAUAACCUUUUCGUCCUCCCGUAAGGAUCAGACUGAACCAUGUAAUUGUGUUCUCAUGUUUGUGGAGACAACUUGAUGGAAUAGUAUUCCUUUCUAGAA